AGAAACGGCGGCAGGAAAGAAUGUCUCCCCGCGGCUGAGUUUCCACUUUCGCCGCAGCUGCGGGCUGCGCAGAAAAGCACGGUGGGAGCCCAUUGUUGCCCAGCUGGGUAACAGUUUUCUUAUUUUACAGUCUGCAUCCGAGGGGGGUUGGGUGUCUCCUAAAGUGCCUGAAAAAUAAUCUAUCUGCUGCAAAUAGAUCGCGUUUUCCCUCCUCCCCGAGGAGCGGGGAUCUAUAAAUUGCGUCCUUCAUUUGGACCUAGCCGUGUAAUUAAACAUGGCAAGCAAAAGCCACCCCGAAAGCGAGGCGCUUUCCUAACCGUCCUGGGAUUUCGGAAACGGCUUUUGCAGGGGCCGCGAGCUUGGUGGCAACAAUUGCGCACUCCGCCUACCGUCAGCCAACUGUUCCCUACUUGAAGGUCACCUGCCAUAGGGCUGAAGAACGAGAAACUAAAAUGUUAAUUUCAAGGGUUUGCAGCAGGCAGAGUCCCAGGCAGCGGUUCUCCGGGCCAUCUGAAUGCCGCCAUUGUUUCCUGUGUCCAGUCUCUUCAAACCCAUGGUCGGUGGUGCAGCUUGCCCAUGGCUCAGAAGAGCAUACUCCCUGGCCUCUGGUUUAUUUUCUUUUGUUGUUUUGUUUUGAACUGUGAAUUGUCCAUCAGGUUUUUGUUACCAUGGAAACUCACUUUUUAAAGGUGAAGAGUCAGAGACCUUUUCCUCUCUAGCAGGUGAAGCAGUGACGUCUCCACGUGACUCUAAUCGCCAGGAUAGAAGGCACAAGGGGUUGAUUGGCCGCACAAGUCACCAGCGUAUUGACGGUUUCUAAACUAGCUUGGCAGUAGAGACCAGAGGAAGUUGUGCUGACAUCAGAUCAAAGUGGCUUGACCAGUGCUUGCUGGGAAUCCGGAAGCAGAUCCCCUGGAACACAGUGAUGAACUGGCAGGUGUGAGCCAGGAGACCGAGAUGGUUCUGGUCCUCAGGAGUAAGCCUGGCCUGGGUAUGGCUCUGUGGCAUGGUGCUUGUCUGGCAAGCAAGAGAACCUGUUCUAUCCUGAGCACCGAGAAACCAAGCUUACCAGCUUACUCUCCUCAGCGAAGUCUGGAGGACCCUGUGCUCCCUAGCUGGGAACACACAAAGUGUGGACAGAGCAGCUGCUCUUCAAUGAAGAGGGACCUAGUGUAUGUGCUGCUCUGGAGUCUUGGGGACGCUUGGGUGACUGUCGUAAGGUUUCUAUUGCUGUGAUGAAACACCAUGGCCAAAAGCAACUUGGGAUGAGAAGGGUUUCUCUGGUUCGUACUUACACCUUGUAGUCCAUCACUGAAGGAAGUCAGGACAGGAACUCAACCAGGACAGGAACCUGGAGGCAGGAGCUGAGGCAGAGUCCGUGGAGGGGUGCUGCUUACUGACUUGUUCCUCAUGACUUGCUAAGCCUGCUUUCUUAUAGAACUCAAGACUACCAGUCCAGGGAUGGCACCACCCACAAUGGGCUGGGCCUUCCCCAUCAAUUGCUAAUUAAGAAAAUAUCCUGUAGCUGGAUCUUUUGGAGGCAUUUUCUCAGUUGAGAUUCCCUCCUUUCAGAUGAUUCUAGCUUGUGUCAAGUUGACAUAAAACUAACCAGGACACUGCCCUUUGCUUGUGUUCUCCAUUCUCAGGCUGUUUUUGUGAUUGCUUGACAAUGUUGAUCCUAAGAAAUAAAACGAAGAAGAAGAAGAAGAAGAAGAAGAAGAAGAAGAAGAAGAAGAAGAAGAAGAAGAAGAAGAAGAAGAAGAAGAAGAAGAAGAAGAAGAAGAGAGAAGAAGAGAGAAGAAGAGAGAAGAAAGAAGAAGAAGGAAAGAAGAAGGAGAAGAAGAGAAGAAGAAGGAAAGAAGAAGGAGGAGAAGAAGAAGAAGAAGAAGAAGAAGAAGAAGAAGAAGAAGAAGAAGAAGAAGAAGAAAAGGAGAAGAAGAAGGAGAAGGAGAAGAAGGAGGAGGAGGAGGAGGAGGAGGAGGAGGAGGAGGAGGAGGAGGAGAAGGAGAAGGAGAAGGAGAAGGAGAAGGAGAAGGAGAAGGAGAAGGAGAAGGAGAAGGAGAAGAAGAAGAAGAAGAAGAAGAAGAAGAAGAAGAAGAAGAAGAAGAAGAAGAAGAAGAAGAAGAAACACUUUUUUUUCUCUCUCACGUAUCCCAGACUGGUCCCAAAUGUAGUCAAAUCUGACCUCCAGAAGCUCCUAAUCCUUCUGUGAUCACUUCCUGAGUGCUGGAAUUACACGUAUGCUCUGUUAUUCCAGGACUACAUGUAUGCUCUGUUAUUCCGGGAUUACAUGUAUGCUGCGUUAGGCUGGGAUGGAACCCAGGGUCCUUGUUCAUGUUAGGUCAGCAUGCUACCACCUGAACUCCAUGCCCAGCCUGGCCACAUUAGGGAUAGAUAUGGCAAAGCAAAAGUGAGUGUGAAGAGGAGAGGUGUUCAGGAAUGUCCUACAGGCCUUGGAAGGACCAAAGGACUGGACGUGACCCAAGAAAAACAGGAGAUGUGAGCAGCUUCCGCCAGACACGGGUGUUCCAGGACGUAGAUGCUGAGAGCUGUGAUUCUCUCUCCACCCUCCCUGGGACGGUGGGAGUGAAGCCCAUGAGCUUUCCCACAUUGACUUUUGACCUGCAUGUGCUGCUCUCUGGGCACAAUUCUGGAUGCAUAUAAUGAGGUGCCUGAUGCUAGCUACCCACAUCCUGAUGCAGGGGGCCUCCUUGCCCAAUGUGACUCAGGCAAGAGCUGGGCCAGAGCCCGGGAUGAGGGAAGAGAUGCUGGGUGUUGAUGGCAGCACCUUCAGACAGUGUGGGCUCUGAGCUCUACGGAGAUUCUCUCAUCCAGGUGCAGGCAUGCACGCUGCUGGCUUUACUCAGAAAUGCUUGCGUGAUGUGCGAUGCGCUAUACAUGGUGUGUUAGGAGAAUCGGGCACUCGAUCCACUGGGAACUCUUGGGAGACCUCUUUCCCAGCUGCUGCGCCAUAUCCUGUGUGGGGCAUUGGGCUAUGCACAGACAACCUGGUUUCCAGUUGAGGCUAGAUGUUGAACCCUGGGACCUAGUGGUGAUAAUUCACCUACCUGCCCCACCCUACGUCCACUCACUGGCAGUUACUAAAGACACACAGAGAGCAUGAAAGAUGGCCCCCAGCUCUGAAGAAAUAAUCCUGAGAAGCUGACCAAAGGGAAUGAGUCAUUUCAAAGACAGUUAGUGUUCCUUUUCUACUGGGUUUGCGAAUGUUUCCCUAGAACAACAUCUACAUGCAUUCUCCUGCACGUUCACAUCUAGAUGGCAGCCUCUUUUACUGACAUUUACCCUCGAGUUAUCCUCUUAGACAAAUGAGAGGCUUUUUGCUCACCCAGGCAACUGAAACAUCGGGACCUGGGGGGUAAAGGCAGGAGACUGGACCUUGCCUUCCUACUCUGACAAGCAGAAAAGGACGGGGGCUAAGGUUAAGACGCUUGCUAUCCCUGACUCGCGGCUACUAUGGCUAUCCUGGAGCAGUUACAAGGCGUUACUCUUCUGUCCCAGGACUUCCUGGGUUAGUCUCUAGGUUUCUAGGAUGUGUGUCAGCUCAGGGGAGACAGCAGCUUUUACAUUCCACCCUCAGCCCAAGUCUGACACGUCAGGUCCCCUGGAAUUAAAACUAUAUUUAGCAGAGGGACAUUGCCUUAAGAAGUUUGUCUGAGCUUUAGCUGAAAGGAUGCCUCUGGGAUACAGCAAGCUGGAUGGACGUCUCACAAUGUCUCCCAUUGGCCAGAUGCAAGUGUUUCAUCUCAUCUUUACUAAUAAAGAUGCUACUUAGAGAAUGAGGCUAAAAUAGACCUGGCUGUCAGUCUCCCACCCGUUGCCAGUGCAAAUGAUAAAGCCAAAAAAAAAAAAAGCAAUAUAGGUACCAGUGAACUCUGGGACAAAUUCAUUCCAAAUUUAAAAUAGUGAAAUUGAAAAUUUGCAGUGAGAGGCUGACUGUAGUACUUUAAGAGGAACAGAGCACAUGUGAAUGGGAGGUCUAACCAGUCCUCUAAACUGGGGAUGCUGAAGAAACUUAGCUUGACCAAGUUAAGGGAGUUAAAAGGGAGGCCACCAGAGGUGUAGGCUGCUACUUUGUAUCAGGGACUGCAGAUGCCGAAGAGAACCCAGCUCUUCCCAUUCAUUAAAUGAUUAAAUGCCUGUGUUACUAGAGUGAGGCACAGAGUAGUCACUAGAUACACAGGAAAGUGAGGAAGUGCAAACUGAACAGAGAAAUAAAAUGAAAAAAAAAUUGCCAACCAGCUUGAACUAUCCAAAGAUACUGUGUAACAAAUAAUGACCAGAGGGCAAGAUAGGGAAGAAAUGUAGGUGCAUCAGUUAUUACACUAAAUGUGAACAGGAUAAAUUUCUCAUGUAAAUUCAGGAGGUUGUCAGACUAAGCUUAACAAAUACACACUCAUGCUCCCAUUUAAAAUUUCCUUCUACCCAUGCUGAAAAAAGGUAUCAAUGACUGAAUAUGCAAACAGAUAUGAACAAACAAAAACAGAAACAUAGCGAUGCUCAUAGCAGAGACCUCAGUGGCUGUGGCUCCCAACAGCAGCAUCAAGCAGGCAGCACAGUCAUGAAACUCAGUUUGCCAAGAUGGGUCAGUAACCAAGGUCACAUGGACAUAGCAACAAAACAGAAACAAAGACAGUAGAAUAACAGGAUAACAAUUUCCACUGAGAAACUCAAGCUCUCCCAGCACAAGAAACAACUUACAAUUUGUGACUAUGGGCUAGGGACUCAUAGAGUUAACUACAACUUUGUGAAAUGUUCCUCCCAUCUCUGUGCCUAGAAGUCAACCAUCUUAGACGUCAGUUACCACGGGAAGUACUCAAGAUGUUCCAGGCAGCUCAUUCUGCAAGAGACCCAUCCACUGGCUGAUUUGCUCAAGCCGUUCUACUGAAGCAUUCAUUCACUAUCACUAAACAAGUGAUUAGUUCCACUUGGAGACAGCAGCCUAAAGCAACUUUGGUGAGUUCUGUGACACACCCUUUGUUAAGAGAAGGCUGCUUCACUGUCAGCAGCAACCCAUAAUUUACCUGCUUGGGCAGUGUGACACUGUCUGUCUCUUCUGGAAAAUACUACCUCCUUCUCCUAGUCCUGUAUUCUCAGAGUUCAUUCUAGACCCCACCCAGGCACCAGACCCAUCCCACGGCACCAAGGACCCCAGCAGCUGAGCCUGGACACUCCUCUAGAGCCAAGUUGAUGUCCAAACCUGACCUUGGCUUCUGGGAAGAUCGAGCUGCCUAGCACAUCAUAUGGUUGCUGCAAUAAACCCUGGGAGAUCAGUGUGCUAUGCACAUGACACAUUUUCUAGUGAAGCAUUGAGUCUUGGGAGCCUCAGGUGAGUGUAUAUUCAGCCCAAGGUCCCCAAGGCCAGCAGUUUCCAAAGUGUGACAACUGGCUGCAGAUAGUACCUCAUGAACAAGAAAUUCAGGCCAACAAAGCUGAUAACUGAUGGCCAUCCACCAUGACACUCUCCUACUCAAGGCCAACCUUGGGAAAAGUGCCCUAUCCCUGGGGAGAUCCCUCCAGCCAGCAGACCCUCAGGGUUUGGUUCUAGGGGGUGGUGAUGAGUUCCUCACUGGCAACAGGCAGUAGCAUGUUCCUCCUGCUUCCUCCUUUGGCUCAAUUUAUCCUCAAAAGACUGUGUCAUUGCCCUCAGUGUCAGGGCAAGUUAGAUCCCUGGGAAUGUCCUUUUGUUUGAGACAAAAAGAGCCCCAUUGGAGAUUCUGAUCCAAUUGGAUGAGAUGGGACCUUGUAGUCAGAGUUUUUAAAAGUCUCUAGGUGAGUCUGAUGCACAGGUGAUGUCUGAAAUCCCCUGGAUUCAGGAGAGACCCUAGUGGCUUUCCCAAUGGCUGAAACCGUCCUUGAUUCCAAACCUACCUUUAUGGCCAAAUCUCUCAGCAAUGAUAUUGUGACUUCUCUAGCUACUAUGAAAUAUACCUGACAAAAGCA